UCUAUAAAUAAGCUCUAAAGCUCUCGUGAAUUUCUCAUCAAAUUGUUCAAAAGUUAAAGACAUAAUGGCAUUGUCUUUUUAUCUAUUUGUGUUCAUGCACUUUCUCUUCCUACUCUUGUGUUCUCAUCAUGUUAUAUUGAGUAAAUGUUCCUCUUCUGCGCAUCAGCUAUGCCAUGAGAAUGAGAGAUUCGCCUUGUUGCAGUUGAAGCACAGCCUUUCAAUUGACAAGUAUGCUUCUGCUGAUCCUUCUGCUUAUCCGAAGGCUUAUUCUUGGGGGCUCCAGGGAAAUAAUAGCAGUGAUUUUGAUUGCUGUUUGUGGGAUGGUGUUGAGUGCGAUGAGAACUCUGGUUAUAUAAUUAGCCUUGAUCUCAGCAGCAGUCUUCUCUACGGAUCCAUCAAUUCCAGCAGUAGCCUUUUCAAUCUUGCUCACCUUCAGAGGCUUAACCUUGCAGACAACAACUGCAGUUACUCCCAAAUUCCAUCUGCAAUUGGCCACCUUUCUCUUUUAACAAGUCUCAACUUGUCCAAAACAGUCUUUUCGGGUCAAAUCCCGAUAGAAAUUUUGAAUCUAUCCAGGUUAGCUUCCCUUGAUUUAUCCGGUAAUGUUGAUCCCCUGUCUUCUGAAAGUCUGUUGAAACUUGAAAAAUCCAGUCUGAAGAGCCUAGUUCAAAACUUAUCUAGCCUAAAAGAGCUUACUCUGUCUAUGGUGAAUAUAUCUUCUGAAAUACCGAAUAUCUUGGCCAAUUUAUCAUCUCUCACAUCUCUACUUCUCAGAGACUGUGGGCUCUAUGGUGAAUUUCCAGUAGGUAUAUUCCACCUGCCAAAUUUACAAUCUCUUAGUGUGAGGUUUAAUCCAAAUCUCCAUGGUUCAUUGCCUGAAUUUAACCAAAGUAGUCCCCUUAAGCGUUUGGGACUUGGUGGCACAAGUUUUUCUGGUAAAAUACCAGAUUCAAUUGGAAAACUUGCGUCCUUGUUUUUGUUGGAUCUCAGUGAAUGUGUUUUCACAGGAUCGCUUCCUUAUUCCCUUGGUGGCCUGAACCAACUUGUCAAUAUUGACCUUUCAUAUAACCAUUUCACAGGCCAAAUCCCUCCUUCAUUUUCUAAUCUAACCAAACUUAGUGUUCUGUCACUUUCAUACAAUAACUUCACUGGCAAAACCUCAUCUUGGGUUUGUAAGUUAACCUCACUCACCGAGUUGUUACUUCGUGCCAACAACAUGUAUGGUGGCAUCCCAUCUUGUCUUGGGAACCUGACUCGACUAUCUAGUUUAUUUCUUACCUAUAAUCAAUUGAAUGGCGGGAUUCCACUGUGCCUGGGGAACCUCACCCAACUAACUCAUCUAGACUUUGGCGGCAAUAAGUUCCAUGGUCCGAUUCCACAAUCAAUUUUCACACUCAGUAAUCUUAGAAGUCUUGAUCUAUUCAAUAAUUACUUGAGUGGGGUAGUGGAAGUAGACAUGUUUCUUAAGCUCAAAGAUCUAAGAAUUUUUCAAUUGUCAAACAACCAAUUAUCAGUGCUCACUAGUAACGAUCCCAACUUCACUCUUCCAAAGUUCACAAUGUUAGGAUUAGAGUCAUGUAAUUUAACUGAAUUCCCAAAGUUCUUACAAUAUCAAGAUGAAUUGGAGGUGCUAUACCUCUCUAACAACAAAAUUCAUGGUCUUGUCCCCAAAUGGAUAUGGAAUAUGGGCCAAAAAACUUUGGUAGAUAUAAGCUUAUCUUUGAACUCUCUAACGGGAUUUGAGCAACUUCCAGCUAUCCUUCCAUGGGAGAGUCUACGAGCUUUAGAACUCGCGUUUAACUCACUACAAGGAUCACUCCCAAUUCCACCAUCCUCCAUCUCUAGUUAUGCAGUGUCAAACAAUUUCCUAACGGGAGAAAUUCCACUGUUAGUCUGCAAGGCGUCCUUUCUUCAAUUCCUUGACCUGUCGAAUAAUAGCUUGAGCGGAAGAAUUCCCCAAUGCUUAAUCAGUGAUACCCUAAUGAUAUUGAAUUUGCAUAGCAACAAUUUUCAUGGCACUAUUCCUCAGUUGUACAGCAAAGAAAGCAGCUUGAAAGUGAUUGACUUGAGUGAAAAUAAAUUAGAUGGGCCGGUACCAAGAUCUUUGACCAAUUGCACAAUGUUAGAGCUUCUAAAUCUGGGAAACAAUCAAAUCAACGAUAUUUUUCCCUUUUGGUUGGGAACACUUCCAGAGUUAAAGAUUCUCCUUCUCCGAUCUAAUUGGUUUCAUGGAACCAUAGUCAGUCACCUAUCAAAUUUUGAUUUCCCCAACUUGCGCAUCAUUGAUCUUUCAUUCAAUGGUUUUACGGGUGAGUUGCCUUCAAAAUACUUCAAGAACUGGAAUGUUUCAAAAAUUCAUGAUGUUGGCCAGUCAUUAUACUUUCAAUCAGAGCAUACUUUUCAGGCAUUGGACAAUGACUUUAACAAGAGUUACAGAUUUUCAAUGACAAUGAGAAACAAAGGACUUGAAACUUCUUAUAUCCAGAUCCUAACCGUGUUCGCAGCCAUUGAUCUAUCUAGCAACAAAUUCAAUGGAGAAAUUCCAGAAUCCAUUGGAAAUCUCAAGAGGCUUCAGUUGCUCAACCUUUCAAACAAUGGUUUCGUAGGCAAAAUCCCAUCAUCUUUAGGGAACUUAACGGAACUUCAAGCAUUGGACCUUUCACAGAACGAACUCUCAGGAGGGAUCCCUCAACAACUGACACAACUGACGUUCCUUGCAUUCUUGAAUGUCUCUCAUAACCACCUCAUAGGUCCUAUACCACGAGGAAAUCAGUUUGGUACUUUUGAAAACGUUUCAUUUGAUGGGAAUCCAGGUUUGUGUGGAGAUCCUUUGUCAAAGAAAUGCGGAAGUAAUGAAGCAUCGCCACCACCCCCCUUAACAAUCAACAAUGAAAAUUCAGACUUCCCAAGUAAAUUUGAAUGGAUUUUUAUAUGCAUGGGAUACGGAAGUAGACUAGUAAUUGGUUUGGUGAUUGGGCACUUUUUGAUUACUUGUAAACAUGAAUGGUUUGAGGAAACUUUUGCAUGGGUGCAACAAAAGAGAACCAAGAAGAAGGUGAGGCAAGCAAACUGAAUGCCCUUGUUUGGGGGGGGGGGGGGGGGGGGGGGGGAUUCUGAUGGAGUUCGAGGAAAG